UUGGUGGUUUCCUCCUUCCGCUUCUUUCUUCCUUCUCUCCGGCCUAUUUCGGACCUGGGAUUUGCCAUUUUGCUGAGGCAUUUUGGUUGGGAUAAUCGAAGAUGGGAUCGGGGAUUCUUUCAGAUCUCGCGACGGAGAUCAUAAUACCUGUGGCUGCGGUCAUUGGGAUUGUGUUCUCUCUGGUUCAAUGGUAUUUCGUUUCUCAGGUAAAGCUCUCUCCUGAAAGACAGAAUUCAUCGAACGACAGUAAGAAUGGUUACAACGAUUACCUUAUCGAGGAAGAGGAAGGUCUAAAUGAUCACAAUGUUGUUCUUAAAUGCGCCGAAAUACAGAAUGCCAUUGCUGAAGGAGCAACUUCUUUCCUUUUCACUGAAUAUCAGUAUGUUGGUGUGUUUAUGGUUGCUUUUGCAAUUCUUAUCUUCCUCUUCCUUGGUUCUGUGGAGGGAUUCAGUACCAAAAGUCGACCUUGCGCUUACAGUCCUGAAAAACUCUGCAAGCCUGCUCUCGCCACUGCUGUCUUCAGUACUGUAUCCUUUAUCCUUGGUGCUAUAACUUCAGUGGUGUCUGGCUUCCUUGGAAUGAAAAUUGCUACCUAUGCAAAUGCCAGAACAACACUAGAAGCAAGGAAGGGAGUUGGGAAGGCUUUCAUCACUGCAUUCAGAUCUGGUGCGGUCAUGGGUUUCCUCCUGGCUGCCAAUGGUCUUUUGGUAUUGUACAUUGCAAUGAACCUCUUCAAGCUGUACUAUGGUGAUGAUUGGGAAGGACUUUUUGAGGCUAUCACUGGCUAUGGUCUUGGUGGAUCUUCCAUGGCCCUCUUUGGAAGAGUUGGUGGAGGAAUCUACACUAAGGCAGCUGAUGUUGGUGCUGAUCUUGUUGGCAAGGUUGAGAGAAACAUUCCUGAGGAUGACCCAAGAAACCCAGCUGUCAUUGCAGACAAUGUUGGUGAUAAUGUUGGGGAUAUUGCUGGAAUGGGAUCUGAUCUUUUUGGCUCAUAUGCCGAGUCCUCUUGUGCUGCACUUGUUGUUGCUUCCAUCUCCUCUUUUGGGAUUGACCAUGACUGGACAGCUAUGUGUUAUCCAUUGCUCGUUAGUUCUAUUGGUAUUGUAGUGUGCUUGAUCACCACCCUCUUUGCAACCGACUUCUUUGAAAUCAAGGCUGUCAAGGAAAUUGAGCCUGCAUUGAAGAAGCAACUCAUUAUCUCGACUGUUCUGAUGACAAUUGGAGUUGCACUUGUUAGUUGGCUCGCGCUCCCUCCAUCGUUCACAAUCUUCAAUUUUGGAACUCAGAAGGUUGUGAAGAACUGGCAAUUAUUCCUCUGUGUUGCUGUUGGUCUAUGGGCUGGACUCAUUAUCGGGUUUGUAACGGAGUAUUACACCAGCAAUGCAUACAGCCCUGUUCAAGAUGUGGCAGAUUCCUGCAGAACUGGAGCUGCCACUAAUGUCAUCUUUGGGCUUGCUUUGGGAUACAAGUCUGUCAUUAUUCCCAUUUUUGCUAUUGCAAUCUGUAUAUAUGUAGGUUUCAGCUUUGCUGCCAUGUAUGGUAUUGCAGUGGCUGCUCUAGGAAUGUUGGGCACCAUUGCUACUGGAUUGGCCAUUGAUGCUUAUGGCCCCAUCAGUGACAAUGCUGGAGGCAUUGCUGAGAUGGCCGGCAUGAGUCACAGGAUCCGAGAGAGAACUGAUGCCCUUGAUGCUGCGGGGAACACCACUGCUGCUAUUGGGAAGGGCUUUGCUAUUGGAUCUGCUGCCUUGGUGUCCCUCGCACUCUUUGGUGCUUUUGUGAGCCGUGCAUCCAUUACAACCGUAGAUGUGCUCUCCCCAAAGGUCUUCAUUGGGUUGAUUGUUGGAGCAAUGCUCCCGUACUGGUUCUCAGCCAUGACCAUGAAGAGUGUAGGAAGUGCAGCCUUGAAGAUGGUCGAGGAGGUGCGCAGACAGUUCAACACAAUCCCAGGUUUGAUGGAGGGCCUUGCCAAGCCAGAUUAUGCUACUUGCGUGAAGAUCUCCACAGACGCCUCCAUCAAGGAAAUGAUCCCACCAGGUGCCUUGGUCAUGUUGACACCCCUCAUUGUUGGUACUAUAUUCGGUGUGGAGACUCUGUCAGGUAUCUUGGCUGGUUCUCUCGUUUCUGGUGUGCAGAUUGCAAUCUCUGCAUCCAACACUGGAGGUGCGUGGGACAACGCCAAGAAAUACAUUGAGGCUGGUGCUUCAGAUCAUGCUAGAUCCCUUGGUCCUAAGGGAUCUGACCCACACAAGGCAGCUGUUAUCGGUGACACCAUUGGUGAUCCACUCAAGGACACAUCUGGCCCAUCACUAAACAUCCUCAUCAAGCUCAUGGCUGUGGAAUCGCUUGUAUUUGCUCCAUUCUUCGCCAAGCAUGGUGGCAUCAUUUUCAAGAUCUUUUAAGAGAUGACAUACGAUCUUAAUGGGGGGGGGGGGGGGGUUGUUUUUGAG